AUGUCUACCUCAGAAGACUCUCUUCCUCACGUCCGAUGGGGCGUUCUAGGCACAGGAUGGAUCUCAACCAUGUUCCUAACCGACCUCCUCACAACUCGUCCCGACGCUCGAGCCAAGCACACCAUCACAGCUCUCGGGUCCUCUUCACUCCAAAAGGGUUAUGCAUUUGUUGAGAAGCUCUGGACAAAGGCACCCACGAAACAUCAGCCUCAAGUUUACGAUGACUACCAGGACGUGUAUGACGAUCCCAAUGUCGACGUCGUGUAUGUCGGCACACCUCACAGUCUGCACAAGAAGAACUGUCUUGAUGCUAUCGCUGCUGGAAAGCAUGUUCUGUGUGAGAAGCCAUUCACCAUCAAUGCCAAGGAGACGCGGGAGAUUAUGGAUGCUGCUAAACAGAAGGGCGUUUUUGUCAUGGAGGCGGCUUGGGUGAGAUUCACUCCAUUUUUUAAAGCCUUGCACGAAGAGAUCAUGGUCAAAAAGUCCAUUGGAGAGAUUCAACGCCUUUCAGUCGAUUUUGGAAACUACUUUGAUCUAUCAACACUGCCUAAAGAACACCGUCUCAAGGAUCCCGCUCUUGGUGCUGGUGCUCUACUCGACAUUGGAUUUUACACCUUGACAUUCGCUUCCAUCAUCUUGGGUGACUGGAAAGUGGGCAAAGAGCACCCCAAACCCAAAGUCCUUUCGUCCCUUGAUAUUGCCAACGGUAUCGACGAGGCAAACGUCGUCGUCCUCGAAUAUCCCUCAGCUACAGGUGUCAAGACUGGAGUAUGCACAUCAAGCUUCCGAUACCGGGGACCAGAUGAGUUUGGUCGCAUUGAGGGUUCGAACGGUAGCAUCACUCUUUUCGGUCCCGCAGUCAGCGUCCCUGGUGGAUUCCGCGUUACUGUCGGACCUCGACCGGGUCCCCCUGAGCCUGAUAACAGAGAGACUCGCACAUUUAACGUGGAGAGACAUAAAGGUACUUUGGGUUUCUACUGGGAGGCUGACGCUGUGGCGGAAGACAUUGCCAAGGGUCGGACUGAGAAUGAGAUUAUUCCUCUUGAUGAGACAUUGAGGAUGAUGGAGCUGAUGGAUGAGAUUCGAUCUGCAAAUGGACUCAAGUAUCCACAAGAUGAUAAUUAG